CUUGGUACGCAACACCAUUAGUUGUUUAUAUAGAGGGCAGCUCCAAUAAUUAAUAUUUACUUUGGAUAACUCGUUUUGGACAAUGUUUUAACUGCUUUGGCGAGUUUCGUGGAAUAUUUUUUUUUUUGUCGUUUCGUGCAGCAUCAAUCCCUUUCAUUGUUUUUAAGGACAAGUUGGUAGUACACUUUGUUUGACCUGUUUGUGGGGGGGCGACAGCUGACGAACCAUGUCGAAAAAAGAAAAAAGCCAGAAAAAGAGUUUUUACAAAAUGUUCGCCAAAAGCGAGGUGAAUCUGGAAGACUGCGAUAAAAAGGACAGGGGGAGCACCAGGUCGUUGAGAAGCCUCUUCAAGAAGAAGCAGAAGGAAGAAACCGCAGAGGAGCGCAGCAAAGACUCCGCUGAAGGGACUGUGGAAGAUGUGGAAGAUGCAGGGGACCCUGCCCAACGCUACAUACUGGGAAGGGACGGAGAGAAGAAGCCUGACCUCAUCAGAUCCAAACAGACCUCCAUCCACGGCACAGCCCCCUCGUCAAAGAAAAGAGGUCUCAGCUACUCCGAGCUGGACUUGCGGAAGGGGUCCCUGCUCAAGAGAUUUAGUUCAUUUGUGACGGGCAGCAGCGGGCGGAAGAAAAGGAGCAGCAUCCUUGACGUGUACGGCAGCUCGACCAACCUCCGUCCAGACGAGCGGGCUGCCCUGGAUGAUCUGGAUAGCAGUAUCACCAGCGCCAACCAAGACCCUGGCAUCGGCACAUCCAUUGAGUGUUUAGACACAAUGUCACCAGGGGGGGAAACACAGGGCAGACAUGGAAGGUUUGCCACAUCAUCCGACUUCUUACCCCAAGAUGAGGGCACUUCUCCGGUACAACUUCAUAACCCAGACUCAGGCCAUUCCCAAAGGCCAGCUUCCACAGUUAGAAAUGCAGAUCCCAAAGCAGAAACUACAGAACCCCUAGAAGCUUGGGCGGAAGAUAUUCUAACCACCUACCUAGGGCCUCCCAAUUCUGCUUCGGAGGAGACCCUAGAAGUCCAACCGAUAAUCACAAAGGAUUGGCUAAAAGAAAAAAAUGAGCUGUUUUCAAGUCCAUCGUACAACAAAGAAACCCUGUUUCUUUCAGAAGCAAUGAAAAGGGACUGGGAUUUAGAUCUGGCUCCCAAUGUUAGGACCGCCUUGAGCAGUGUGUCGGACAUACCGAGCCAUGGCAGGAAGACCAAGUACAACAUCACCAUCACGAUGACCAAAGAGGAGCAUGAAGGUGUUAGCCAGGGUGGUCCCGGGAAGCCAGGCACUCCUGAGUUUGUAUCAGAUCAGAAAGAUCACAGUAACAAGGAGAGAGGCCCAGUUCCUGAAGAAUUAAUGGAGAAAGCAGCCAACAAGGGCAAGCACACAAAGACUGGCACCAGGCAGCAAGAACCUUUGGCAUCAGCUUUAAGGGAUCAGGAGGGGGAUAACAUAGCUGGGGGAUUAGACAGCAUUAGCAAACCAGUGAACCAGGGGGAUGGUGGAGCAAUGGUUAAGAAUAGCAGCAUUAGUCCUGGACUGGGCAAUGUUACACAAGCUACGGGCAGGCCAGUAGAAGUAGCUCAACAAGCCAAUCAAAGCAGUGUAGAUAGCAUGCAGAGGGAUCUGCAGAAGACAGAAUUGGAUGGAGGAAAAUUGACACAUGUUCCAGAACAGAGAGAAGCCAUCAGCCAGCACGAGAGUAAGAAUUUCGAAGAAAGCAUUUCAAGGGCUCGUAGUAACGAGCAAGAGAUAGAUAAUAGCCCUGAGAGGGCAAAGUUGGAAAAACCUCCAGAUGUGAAUCCAAGAAAUGAGCUGGAAUAUGGGGAAAAGAUGGAGGAAUUAGAAGGCUUUAAUUGGCUAAGGGAUGCAGAAGGAUCUGGAAAUAUUCACAAUUACAAAGAACAGCCCAAAUCCUCUGACGUAGAAUUAGAAUCAGGGUUAGGAGGCUAUGAGAAAGAUAAGAGAGCAGCAGGAUUGGAUGGGACUUUGCAAACCAUGAGAGAGUUGACAACAGCUUGUGAAGAUAGAGGGACAGACCAUGGUAACAAGGCACAUGGAAUUAUACAAGAUAGUGAGCCUGGAAAUGAAAUAGGGCAUGAAGGGGAUAUGUUAGGAUCAGGCAGGGACAAGCAUGGUUUCGCUGUGGAUCAAACAGAAGCUGAAAGGGAUUACACUGAGGAGCUCAAAGCACAGGAGAAAGAUUGUGGAGGGGAAGUCCUUAUUGGGUUUGGUCAAGCAUGGUCACAGCGGACAGAAGAGCACAGAAGAUUGAGGUGGGAGAAGGAGGGAGUGUGUGAAUCAGAGCAGGCAGAUCUCGGGGAAGAUAAGAGGAGGCUGCAGUUUCUAACGAAACUAGAAGAACCAGUUUCUAUGACCUCCGAGGAAGAGGAAUCCCAAACAUCUCCGCCCACAGAUGGGUGUGAAGCAGAAACCAGAGAGGAGCGAGAGGCGCAUUCCGAAGCUGUUUCUGCUGCUGCUGUAAACCUGAGGCUGCCAGAGCUAGCCACUCCUUCACAGACACAUAACAAUGAACUUCUAGACAGGAAGGUGUGGAUACAGCCAGGCGAUUCAAGUGCUGCAAGUACAGGCAUAUCAACAGAAGACCAGCUUGUUCUGACAGGAGAAGAACCAGCAGCUACAAACUCUAUCAAUACUUCUGGGUCCCCGGGACAAUCGGAUGCUGCAGAUUUCCCUUUCGAAAGCCCUUGGGAUUUAGACCAGAUGAAAGAAAUGAGUGCAAAUGGGUCCUUCAGCUACACUGGAAUCGGGGUCUUGAGCACCACUAUGACCCUGAAGCCAGACCCCCUGAAAGAACCCAAGGAUGAUGGAAGAAAAAGGUUCCAUAAGGUAUCACUGGUCAAAUCCAACCCCAGUGAAGGCCACAGUCCCUCUGAAGGAAAGACACACAACGAUGGCAUCGCGAGUCCAAGCGAAAGCAUGCAAUAUCCCUUCAUGGUGAACCUGAAGCAAUUGCCUGAACAUUUAGAGAAACCUCCUGCAGACACUAUCCAAAAAACCAAAAGCCUAGUAAAUAACAACUCAGGGACUCAACCAGCCUCCACUUUGGAGGAUUAUAACAAAAAGUCAGCAAUCAUUCUUAAAACGCCCCUUGCCAGUCAUAUAACAGAGCCUGAUCAGGAAACUGUGAUCAUUGAGCUUAAGAAGAAAGAAAACCCUGACAAUACCGUCACAGCCACAGAAGCCAACUCCAAAGGUCAACAGAACUACUCAGAGAGCAGGGAGGAGCCUGUAAAUACUACUAAUCACAUCUGGGACUCACAAGCUGUUUCAGCUCCUGUGCCAGAAGCAGACUCUGAGUCAAACAACGUCUACAGAGCUAUGCGAGUGGAGUUCAUUCCCAGCUCUGAGCCUGAGGAAGGAGACACAUCUACCGCAUUGGACAGUUUGGUGGACACCCUGCGUGGCAUGGAGCCUCCCCACAAUUUGAGACUUAACCGAGGGCCUAGAGCUGCACGACCAGCCUCUCUUCCAAGCUUCUCUUCCCUACCUGCAAUAGAAGAAAACCUGCCUUCCCCAGAUGAUACACCCAUUUCAUCCUCCAGAUCAAUGGAAUUUCAGCCACCCAGUUUUGUGCCGCAAGCUUCAGGUCAACCUCCCACACUUCAACCAGAUUUUGGUUUCCGAUGCGCCCCGACAAAAGACAUGCUGUCCCCAUUGGAGAUGAUGAAGAAGCAGCUGCAACAAGACUCAGAGGAUAAACCCAAGCUCCCUUCUCUCCUCCAAAGGUCUUUCAGUGAGACCAGCAACAUAUACAAGCAGACCCAGCUGAACGGGAGCUCCUUGUCAGGCAGUCUGCUGUCUGAUCGUUUGGACAGCAAGCUCACACCCACGGAGGAUAAGCUAUACUCCAGACUGAAUAGCAGUUUGUUAUUUUCGAGCGUCAAGGCUCAGGAGGCGAGGGACAAGCCUGUGGAGAAUGGGAAGGCCAUGUCUCUGCCGGACAGCUUCUUCCGGAGGUCAUCCAUGCCUGAUCUGCCUAGCUCCGCGGAGAGGAGCCUCUCUCAGGUCGAUGGCCCCAAAACAAGCAGCUACGAGCGUUUCUCCUACCUGACCUCCUCCACUGACCCGCUAUCAGGGGGCUACAACCCCUCGAGAAUCAACCUCCCGCCCCCCAGUCCGCUGGAGUUUAAACAGCAGUGCUCCUUUGACGUUCACUCCAUUGCGACCCCAGCAAUAGAAACCCAGAGGAACAACUUGGCACCCAAAUACAGAGCUUUCCCAGAUGCUUAUAGAACCAAGGAAAAAGAGCAUGGCAAAAUCAAUCCUAGACCAGGAAAGAUGCUUAUUUACCAAGAGCCUGGCUUCACUGGGGAGAAAAUAGUGAUUCAGGGUGAUGUGACUGACGCGACCCCCUGGGACCUCCAGGAACCCCUUUGCAUCCGUGUGCUGAGAGGAGGCUGGGUGCUUUACGAGAAGCCCAGUUACAAAGGGGAGAAGUGUGCCCUGGGCGAGGGGGAUCACGAGCUAUACUACCCCUUUGGACAGAGUGAGGAGCAGCCCCCUGAGGACCAGGACCCCGAGACCAAGCCAAACAAGCCCUUUGUCAUCGGCUCGCUGAGAAGGGCGGUCAGGGAUUACAGCGUUCCAGAAAUCAGCCUGUUCCCAGAAGAGAAUGCCGAGGGGAAGAAAGUGACAUUCCGGGACACCUCGGAGGAUUCCCGGAUCUAUGGAAUCCCAAUCAAGACCAACUCCAUCAUCAUUAAUGCUGGCCUGUGGCUAGUGUUUUCCAAGCCUUUCUUCGAGGGGGUUCCCCGGGUUUUGGAGGUCGGGGGGUACACUAAUCUGCAGGCUUGGGGAGCCAAGGAGCCAAACGUGGCCUCAGUUCACCCUCUCAAAAUAGGAGAGCCCAAAGUGGAGAAGCCGGAUGAACCCAAGGUGAUCAUCUUCGAGAAGCCCUACUUCCAGGGGAAGAUCCGGGAGAUUCACACAGACUCGCGGGACUUCAUGACCAGAGUGGACUCGCAGAAUGUGUUCAUGAUCAAUGCAGGGUCACUCAAGGUGCUGGGGGGCUGCUGGGUUGGCUAUGAGAAGGAGGGGUUCCGAGGUCACCAGUACCUGCUGGAGGAGGGGGAGUUUCAUGACUGGAGGGUCUGGGGUGGCUGUAACUCUGAGCUGCGGUCUCUGCACCUCAUAAGAGCGGACUUCACAGAGUCUGAGAUGAUCAUGUAUGAGUGCACUGAGGAGGGGCAGGAGGAGCACAGGCUGGGAGUGCUCGAGGCCAUUCCAGACUUGGAGCUGGUCGGAUACAGAAUCCUGACGCAAUCCAUCCACGUGCUCAACGGAGCGUGGAUAGCCUACUCCGAUGUGGAUUACUCUGGGUCCCAGUAUAUCCUGGAGAAAGGAUUUUACAACAGUUACCAGGACUGGGGAGGCAGCGACAACAAGAUCUCCUCGGUUCAGCCCAUAGGACUGGCAGUAGAGAGUAGUCCAAGCUUCAAGAACAAGAUCCUGCUGUUCUCGGAGCCAGAGUUUCGGGGGAGCUGUCUGCUUUAUGAAGAUGAUCACACAACCAUCCCUGAAGCAUUCCAGCCCCAGUCUUGCAGAGUGAUGGGGGGCAGCUGGGUCAUAUACGAGGGUCGUGAGUACUCGGGUAACCAGUACGUGUUGGGGCAAGGGGAGUACCCCAACUUUGCCUCCAUGGGGUGCCCCCCAAAAAUCAGUAUAAGCUCCGUCAAGAUGGUCCCCUUGGUGUUCAUGGAGCCCUGCAUCUCUCUGUACAGUCUGGAGUGCUUCGAGGGCAGGGAGAUCAAGCUGGACUCGGAGGUGCAGAGUCUGCUGUCUGAGGGGUUCAACAGCCACGUGCUGUCUGUGCGAGUCAGUGGAGGAGUGUGGGUGGUGUGUGAGCACAGUAACUACAGGGGUCGCCAGAUACUGCUAGAAACCAUUGAGAUCACCAACUGGCUGAAAUUCAGCGAGUUCAACAAGAUCGGAUCGCUUUACCCAGUUCGGCAGAAGCGAGUGUUCUUCUGCCUCAAGCACCGGGAGAGCGGUCAGUACAUGGCAACCGAGGCGGGGCUGGAGGACAUGAAGUCCGGGAGAGUGGUGGUGACAGAGCAGCUGGAGGGAAUGAGUCACGUGUGGUUCUACCAGGACGGGCUCAUCAAAAACAAGCUGGCCCCAGAACUGAGUCUGCAGGUGAUGGGUAAGCCUGACAUUGCUGCCAAGGUGGUUCUGUGGUCCGAGACCCGACAGCCGCGGCAGAACUGGAGGAUCCAGCCCGACGGGCUCAUCCUGAGCCAGGCCUUCGAGGGCAUGACCCUGGAUGUGAAAGGUGGCAAGACAUAUGACAGGGACCAUGUAGUGGUGUGGACUGUGAGUGAAGAGAGGCCAUCGCAGCACUGGGAUAUGGAGAUCCUGUAGUCUGGACUGCAGUGAAUGAACUUUAAACCAGCCUGAGCUGUGAGCACUUCUUACAAGCGCAGAGUGGAAAUGCUUCUUGCUGCUGCUCCAGAAUGCAUCUCGGAACUCUAGCCUGCUCUUACUGCCUGACAGAUUGUUUUCCCUGAAAUGCAAGCAAACCUCCUGGUUCAUUCUUCAGACAAGCUAAACUGGGCGUUGUGCACUGUAUUGAAGUCUGCUGUAGACAUGGGGAGUAGUUGAAAACACAUUUGUAUUGCCAGUUCUUUUAAAAACGUUUGGUGCAUGUUAUCCUCACAGUUAUUUUUGUACUUUCUCAUUACUCAUCACUAUUUUUUAAUAAUGUAUGUCUGGGAUAAAUAAGUCUCAAAAUGAUCAAUAUUGGGUGCACUAUCCACUUCUCUGAGCUAGCUUAAGGGGGGGGCAUGUUUGAAUUCAGACACAGUAACCCUAAUGUAUAUUAUCCAAUUUCUCAUUCAUUCCAAGUGUGAAGACAAUCCUUCGAGCUGCUUGUUCUUUACAGCACUGCAAGAUGCUCAUUUUAUUUAAACUUUUUCUGUGCUAAUACUUUCCAAGUUCACUGAAGGAACCUGAGACUGGUAAUGAGAAACAAAGCCCCCAUGAGGGCUGGUCCUAUCAGCGAUCGCUGCCCUUGAUGGUCCUACAGCAUACUGACAGUGUUAUAACAUGCAACUGUUACUAAAUCAACCCUUACUGUAUUUUACCUCUGAACUGGCCCUAGAAAUUGAACCCUGUCUUGAAUCUGGGGACUUACCACAUGUGUUGAAACUGUGUAUGUUGUCAUUGAAACAAAACUCCAACUGUUUAUUUUCUAUUAUAUAUGUUUAAUAUCCUAUAUUUGUGUGUGUGUGUGUGUGUGUGUGUGUGUGUGUGUGUGUGUGUGUGUGUGUGUGUGUGUGUGUGUGUGUGUGUGAAUGUGUACAUAAGUGUCAGGACAAAGAUUACAUCUUUUUUUUAAAUGUAUUCCAAAGUACCAGUCAUCCCAUGUCAAUUAUAUACUGUACACUUCAGCAGGUAUAGGAACACUUGCUGGAUUCUCACUGCUUAUUACCUCACUGCAUUGCUUUCCUUUUUUUCCAGUACUCACCCAAUAAAGUUGUCAAACCUGAAA